AGCGAAAGAAGCAGCGCGGGACUGGACCCCGAGAACAGGCCGCUCGCUGUAGGCGGAACAGCCGCCCCCCCCGCCCGGCCGCCUCUCGUGUGUUUUUUCCUUUUCAGCAUUUCGCUUUCGGAAGCUCAGUGGGCGGUUUGGCGCAAGGCUGCGAAGAUUAACCCCCCUCCCCCCCGAGAGUGGAAGAAUGCAGGAGAAAAGUAUGCCAGCCAGUAAUACAGGGAUAAUGAGAGCCACUCACUUGCUGCAAUUACCGCAAGAAAUGCUGACUGAGAUAAUCAUGUACCUUCCUGCUGCGGAAAAAUCCAAGGUCCGUGCCACAUGCAGUUUCUUCAAGGACCUGGUUGAUCAGCCUGUUGUGUGGCAAAAGAGUACCAUUGUCCUCCGACGCAUAAGCGCUUUCAACGCCGAAUUCUGGGACGUGCUUCGGAAAAGAAAGAUCACUUCUGUAGAAGUGAAAGACAUUAGGCUUAAGCAAUGGCAAAAGCUGCUGAGGUUCAUGCCUGGUCUGCUAGAUGUAACUGUGGAUUCCCUCUGGAGUGAGGAAAUCCUGCAAGGGUUACAGCUGCUCACAGAUCUACAGAAACUUCACUUGAAAACGUGCUCUAGGUUAUCUGAGAGAAGUGUAAUCAUGGAAGUUGUGCGCUUUCAACGCCUUACUCACUUGUUGUUGUGUGGCAUAACCUUCUUAAGUGACAGUGAAUUGAUCAAAAUUGCUUGCUUACAAAACCUACAUACGCUCUCAUUGCAUACUGUGCAAAAGGCUCUUCCUGAGAAAGCACUAGAGUAUGUUUUAUUCCAUUUACCAAAACUCAGAGAACUGUCACUUUCUUGUAUCCUGAGUAAGGAGCAUUUUUUGUUAUGCCUCAGUUUGCCAGAUAAACAUCCCAUCCCUUAUUCAUCAGAAGAGUCACAUCCUGUUCCAAAACUUCAGCUUCACGUUCUGGCCUUGAGGCAAACUGGUUAUAACCUUCUUUCAGAGCGUUUCCUGGAUCAGCUCUCCACCAUCCACACACUGACUGUUUGUUACAUCAAGGACUUUUUGUUACACUCAGUGGAUGUCUUUGGACAAGUGCUGAAGAACCUACCAAACUUGACAGAAUUAAAUCUUCUAUGGAUCUCCAAUUUGGAUAUGUUUGUUGAUAACAUUCCUUCCAGCCUUGUUAAACUAAGUGUGAUUGGAACCAAGCUCUCAAACUCUGCUCUCAGCUGUUUGUCUGACAAAUCCUGGAAGCUAAGAGAAAUGGAUCUAACCCUCUCAUAUGGAUUUGAUGAAAAGACUCUGAAACAAUUUCCCCAUCUCUUUCCACUGCUGACUAGACUCUGCCUUAGUGGUUUUGUUUUGACUGACAAUAUCUUGUUGAGCUUGGCUAAAAUGGAGAAUUUGCGAGAACUUGAUGUUACUGAUGGCACAAAUCUAACAAAAGAAGCAAUCCAGAAUUUUCACAUCACAACGGACUGCAGGGUACAUCUCCUUGUAGAGCGGCAUUCAGUGUCUUCUAAAUGUGACUGCUUAUGGAGCACGUAGUACACUGCCUUUUAUUUUAAACCCACCACUGUUUACAGAGCUUUGAUUGCUAAAUGUACUGCUAUCAGGAAAACAAUAAUGUUUCUGUAAAGUUCUGCUGAAAUUCCAUGUGAGGAAGAGAGGUAGUGGAAACAAACCUCCAACAUUCUCUAACUGUAUAGCUCUUCACUAUAGCCAAUGGCUUAUGAAUAUGAAAAACAGAAAUGCCUUCUUUGAGCCUGUCGCUCUAACAAGCCAGAACUGUAAACAUAACUGGCAUUCUAUAUUAAAAUUUCUGAGUAAGUCUCCAAUGGCCAUUGAUAAAACUCUACACUUCUGUUAAUAUGAUGUUUGACUACAUGUAAAUUAUAUUUUUGUUUUACUCUGUUGUCAUUUCUGCCUGGUAAAUUUUACUGACAGUUUUAGCCAGCAGCUCAGACGUGGGAGACAGGACAGAGGAAAUAAGAGAAGCUGUGGCUCAGGGAUACUGGAAAGUAAUUAAGGGAAACACAAGAAGGGAGGGAUUUGUCAGCAUGUAAGCCUCAGCGAAGUGCCAGAAAAAAGGAGGUGUCUGGGUGGAUAAAGAUGAGUUACCAAAAAAGUCAGGAUUCCAGCAAAUUGCACCAGUCACAGCAUGGAACCAUAGGGCCCUUCUAGUUAAUCUUUAGCCAUCAUGAAAAUUUAUUUAUUUUUUGGAGUCUUAGCCCAUUUUUAAUCCAUAGUGGCUCUUUACCUCCCAACCGAUGAUCACUUCGAUUUUUUUAAUGUCCUUAAAUGGGGCUUUUUGAAAGUCUAAUAAACGAUCAACCAGUUCUCCUUUAUCCAUAAAUUUAAGACCUAUUAUUUUAUUGCCCCAUUCUAAGAGAUUCAUGAAACAUGAUUUUCCUUUGCAGCAAUCAUGCUGGAUAGUCAAGUGGCUUCUCUCUCUAGUUUAACCAUUUUACCUCAUGUCUGAGUGAGGCUUAUUGGUCUAAUUCCCAGGAUCACCUCUAGCACCUUUAAACACAGAUGAAAAAUU